AUGACGACAUGGGAGGAGGCACUCACGUCGUGGGGGGCGGUGUAUGCGGCACUGUUCCUACCGGCUCUCUUGAUGCUCGGCAACUUCGUUUUUGGCAAGUGCUUUGUUAGCGAGGCCAUGUGCAGGUCUCAGCACGCGCCUCAGUCGGUGUACACUCGGUCGCGCAUCCUUGGCAGGGCACAUGUCGCCCUCGUCACUCUUUCCUUCGCGUGGCAGUAUUACAUCGUGAUGUUCGUGGCUCGAACCAAGACGGACGGAAACGCUGAUGCUCGCGCCUGCAACCCGCUCUUUUUUGUGUGGGACGUGGUCGACCACCUGCCGUAUCUGCGAGGUGUGCAGUUGUCACUACUGCUUCAAUGCCACUCCUCGGAUGUUGCUUAUCUCGUCCUCGUGGGGCUCUUCGCAAUUUUUUACGCGUCGUGCGUUUUUAGUGUACCCCAGGUCACCCCCCAUAGUGCUGCGGGGGAAGGGCAUGACGGCAUUUCUUACUGCCGACGUUGUGGCUCGCACAUCCAGCAGAUGGACCACCACUGCUACUUUAUCGGCAACUGCGUCGGGGACCGUAACAAGCGUUUGUUCCUGUGCUGUCUUGUAACCGGCGUGGCAAACCUCAGCUACCUCUUGUACAAGUACGCCCUGUGGGCCUUCGCGCACGGUGGCGCAAUCACAAACGUUGGCGCAAUCUUGGUGUUUGUGUUUGACGUGUUCUUGACCGCUCUUCUCGGAUUUCAGAUGUUCAUGUUGCGGCGUGGUUGGACAACAAGAGAGUUCCUGCGCCGCAGGCGGCAUGACAAAAAGCCGGUGGUGCGCUUCAUACUUUGGUUCUGCUUCUUCUGA